UUGCGCGUUGUGUGUCUGUAACAGAUGCCUACUACUGGUAAUAGGCAGCCUGGUAAAAUGAGUCUAUGGAAACGGUUGCUAGGUUUUAGCUAAAAGCCGCUUCUGGCAGUUGUCCGACGCUUGGGUAGCAAUGGAGCCACUGGACCAAUGCUGCGCCCCUUCCGGUUUCGUUGCUGACAGCCCAGCCCAUCUGUCCCAGGGCCGGAAGUGAGGUCUUCCGUGUUCUCUGCUCCAAGAUGGCAACAGCCGAAGACGAGUUACUGCUGCCGCGGCUCCCCGAGCUGUUCGAAACCAGCAAGCAGCUUCUGGACGAAGUGGAAGUCGCGACUGAACCCACCGGCUCCCGGAUCAUCCAAGAUAAGGUGUUCAAGGGACUGGACCUCCUGAAGAAGGCUGCCGAAAUGUUAUUGGAGCUCGACUUGUUCAGCCGAAAUGAAGAUUUGGAAGAGAUUGCUUCCACCGAUCUGAAGUACCUGAUGGUGCCAGCAUUUCAAGGAGCAUUCGCCAUGAAACAAGUCAACCCCAGCAAGCGUCUAGAUCAUUUGCAGUGGGCUCGAGAACACUUUUUAAACUACUUAACUCAGUGCCAAUACUAUCAUGUGGCAGAGUUUGAGCUGCCCAAAACCAAGACCAACUCCGCUGAAAAUAACACUGCUGAUUCCUCCAUGGCCUAUCCUAGCCUCGUUGCUAUGGCAUCCCAGAGACAGGCUAAAAUAGAGAGAUACAAGCAGAAGAAGGAGGCGGAGCAUAGGUUGUCUGCACUGAAAUCUGCUGUGGAAAGUGGUCAAGCAGAUGAUGAACGUAUUCGUGAAUAUUACCUCCUUCACCUUCGAAGGUGGAUUGGUAUCAGCUUAGAAGAGAUUGAGAGCAUUGACCAGGAAAUAAAGAUCCUGAGAGGAAAAGACUCUUCCAAAGAGGCAUCAACUUCUCACUCAUCUCGUCAGGACAGGCCUCCAAUGAAACCGUUUGUUCUCACUCGGAACAUGGCCCAAGCCAAAGUAUUUGGAGCUGGUUAUCCAAGUCUGGCAUCUAUGACAGUGAACGACUGGUAUGAACAGCAUCAGAAAUUUGGAGCAUUACCCGAUCAGGGUAUAGCCAAGAAAACAUCAGAGUUCAGAACAGCAGCUCAGCGACGAGAUCAGGAACAGGAGGAAGAGGAUGAUGAACAGGCAGUCCACAGAGCUCGGGAGUGGGAUGACUGGAAGGACACCCAUCCUAGGGGCUAUGGCAACCGGCAGAACAUGGGUUAGUCUCCCCACAACAAGACAGGAGUGCAGGGGCUUCUGUCUUCCCCACCAGGGAAAGCUGUGCAGUCUUCCCCUCCCUGGGCUCCCGCUUCAGCCGUGUACAACGAAGGCAGAGAUGCUUAAUCUUGCUUUGCGUUCAUUAACAUGUCAAACAAUUAAGUGUGUAUUUGUACCCUAGAUGAUGAGCCAGCAAUCUUGUCUUGGAAUUCUAAUCCUCAUCAUGGUAUAUUCCCCUGUUCUUAAGUGGAAAGAAAAGAGUACUGAGAAAUGGUUCUGUAUAAUCAACGGCUGUAUGAAUGCUCUUUGAAAAAUAAAAGUCCCCGCUAUCAUGUGAGCCUGUGCAGAAA